AUGGCUGACGGCGUGGUAUCCCAAGGGUUGUCCCUAGUAGGAUGGGCAUUUCUACCAGCCUACGCCACAGUCUUCCUGCAGUCGAUCUAUUACCGUCUUACCAUCCGCGCUGGACAGCGGCAUCCGCAGCCGGGUGAACCCCUAUUUGCCUACCACAACCGCCGCAUACGCGUCUUGGUCUUGUCACUCUACCUCGUAUACACCCUCGCUCAGGCCCUCUACGAUAUCAGACUUGCUGGGGAUUUCUACACACUCCUGGGAGUCACGCCAGGGUCAACGGAGCGCGAAGUCAAGAGCCGGUUCAGGAAACUGGCCGCAAAAUAUCACCCGGACAAAUUGCACGAGAACGGUCAACCUUUUCCUGGUGCCGAGCAAGUAUUCGUGCGCUUCAAACUGGCCCAUGACACGAUUUUAGAUCCCGCAAAGCGCUUUGCCUAUGAUCGUUUCGGGCCUGUCAUUGUCCAGGUUCAGCAUCCCGGACUCAAAACGAUUCGAGACUAUGUCUAUGCCGGCCUUCGCUCCAAGGCUCCUGAAUAUCUGUCCAAUGCCGGACUGCUUGUUUUGUUAAACUACAUCUGGCUGCCGAAAUGGGGACAGUUUUGGCGCUAUUUUGCCGUUGCCUGCAUGGCGUUCCUGGAGCUGUACUUCCUGACUCAUAUCUGGCAGCCUCCAACAUUUGUGGUACUUUGGGCGUCAACGGUUAAAAAGUUCUUACCAGACCUCCUGCCACCUCACCUUCUCCCUUUCCAGAUUCUAGGCCUAGCGAGGCGCAUGUCUCUGUCUGUGAAUAUUUUCAUCUCUCAGCUCGCCCCCCCUAAGGCAAGGGAGGGAGCUAUGCGUGACCUGCAGACGCAGCAGCAGAUUGCGCAUCUAGCUCAGGCGGCAAGCAGACUAGAUGCAGAAUCCGGUGGAUUGCUUCAGCUAGGAUUGAGCCCGUUUAAGGGAGACGGCGAGAAAUCAGACCAUCUGAGGUCGGCAAUGAAGGAGUCGUUAGUCACAAGCGCGUUGAGAAAGAAUCCGGAAGUGAGAGCAGCGGUGCAGAGGGCUCUUGACAGGAGAAGACGUGGGCCGAUCAUGCAGGAACCAGACUGA